AUGAAGCAGUUUGUGGAGGAUAAAACCAAGCUGUUGCCCAGCUCCUUGAAGGAUUUGCAGACGCGGCGGCAAUUUCGCAUCGCAGUGGGACCCUUUUUGGCCCUGGGACUUUUGCAGGUGCCCGUUUGCAUGGCCUACAACCUGGUGAUGGCCAUCGUCACGGACUUUCAGUCCACCACGUACACCUCCUGUCAUGCCUUCAACUUUUUCCCCACCACCUCGGCGGCUGCCAAGUCGCAGCACACGAUUUGGGCCUUGGCCUGCUGGCUGGAGUUUCCCUUUCUCAUCGCGAGCGCUUGGCUGCAGUUCCGCUUCAACCGGAGGACUCUGCCCAAGAAGGUCCGGAGUUUCGGCUGCCUGAUGGCCAUCUUCUUAGCUGUAAAUAGCACCAGCAUGCUGCUGUGGGGCACCUUUGCCCAGGCGAACGGCGACUCCUGGCUGCACAUAACGAUCGCUUUGUCGCUGUUCGUAUCCUGUGCCGUCUACAUGGCGGGCUCCUUUGUGUGCGCCAGGUAUUAUAUGAGGGAUAGAAGCAGGCAGCUGCGGGAGGAGCUCUCCUUCCGGCUGAAAAGCCGAUUGGUGGUCACCUACUACGCAUCAGUGGUGAUUAUGUGGUUCUUUUACUACCUCCAUCAGACAUUUUGCCUUCCCUUGGCCUACUCCAUUUUUGGCCUGGGUGAGUUCAUCUCCUGCGAGAGCUUCUGCAUUUAUCUGUGCCUGGCCUACUUUGACUUCUACCACGUUUACCUAUGCUACGAUCAGCGAUUGGGCUUCUUUCUCAGCGAAAUGUAA